GGGAACAUAUCCCUAUUUGUUAUAGUAGUUGUUCAGGCAAUGUGGACAAACCGUUAGGUGGCAUACACACCAGUCAAACGGUUAGUCAAACAUCGUGUGGCUAACAAACAACUCGCUCCGAUUGACGCAAUGUUUGUCGUAAACGAUCAAGCGAGCGAGUUGAUUGGCCGUGCUGUUUGACCAACCGUUUGGCUGGUGUGUAGGCUCCCUUACGCGUAGGGUAUCGCGCCACUUGAGCGGUGGCUUCUAUAUUCGUCUGUUUUCCACUAUGAACCAAUUGACUUGAAAUGUUGUACACGGGUAGAUACUAUACCUAUCUCACCACAUUCCAAAAGUUGUGUCAAUUGGUUCAAAUUGGACAGAGUUAUAGUGGAAAACAGACGCAUAUAGAAGCCACCGCCCUAGUGGCGCGAUUCCCUAUUUAUUUUCGAUACCUCCAUUUGAUUUUUUUCCGAAAAUGUCAAUAUAUUUACGCAUAAUUGUCAUAGGAAUCAAAAUUAAAUUUCAUCUCCCUAAUAGGAACAGUGUGCCUAUUGUUGGUAAAAUCGAUUUAUUAUUGAAAACAGUGAAAAACGAUAAUUUUCAUAUUUUUCCAAAUUUGGAUAGAAAACUAAUGACUAAUGUUUUGAAACCCUUUAUUAGGUGGUACGAUUCAAUUUUUUAAUAUAAUUUACACUAAUACCACAAUGAUGGGCACACUUACCCUAAUCGUAAUUGUAUUCCAGCUGGUUUAACUCAUAAAUUGAACAUAUCCAAUUCAUUUCAGCUACCCGUCAACGGAGGAAAAGAAAGCACUGGCGAAACAAAUUGUUUCGGCUUUCCCAAUUUUGUCAUCAACUAAAAUAACAGAAAGCUCUCCGGACUAUUUAAAUAUUUUGGAAAUUUAUUUCUUGUUCAAUACAACAGUACUAGCAUAAAAAAUGCUCAUUAUUUUUAUUCUUCUAUUUCCAGUCUUGCUUUUUUUUUGGAAGAAUGCUGGUAAAGGACCAAACUAUGAGCAUUCUGGUCUGAUUCAAUCGCACCUACGAAACAUGUCGAAGAAACUUACACCUGAACAACGAAAAUUCACGCACAAGAAGAAGGAUGCUAAGGUAUGCAGCGUUCCGUCUGAAAUCAUUGAGCAAGCUGAAGAAUGCGCUCGUAAGGAUUCCAUACCAGCCAACUUUACCGCAACAGUAAAAUGCAUGGAUACCACACACUCACUUUUCACGAUGAUGUUGCAAGAGAAAAAGUCAUUGCAAUCAAUUCUACAAGCUUUUCCGCAUUUCAAAUUAUAUGAUGGACUUCUGAUUCAAAAGGCUUAUGAGCGCAUGACACCCAACUAUGACAAAAACAGCAACCUUAUCCCGAUUCUCGCUCGAGGGCUGAUGGUCGAAACAGAAAUGUUCGCAGGAAUCCAAGAUGAUAACCUUCGUGGAUGCCUGCGAAUUAUGGUACGUCUGAAGAAUCGAAGCUUGAAGAGUCAAGCUAGGGGUCCGAAUGAUGAUCUCAAUGUCGAGGAUCAACUGUCUUCCGAUCUUAUUCGCUUUGUGCCGGAAACAGAAACGUCCCUGGAAGAGCAGCUAGCAAGGUAUGUCGCCUUCAAUCACGAGCACGAUACACCCGUCGCCCCACAUCUAAUUUGUAAGGCUGGCAAAUAUCAUCUGUACAUCGCAGGGGAUUUGAUUGAGCUCGGAGAGGCCUCGGUGCAAGCGCUGGACGUUUUUUUAAGUGUUUUUCUGUAUUUAAUAUCACCGUACCUUCUGCCCUACAAAAACUCCAGGAGAUUACCUGCUAUAAGGUGCGGCAGCACAGCACACGCCAAACAGUUAAGGUCUGAGGUCAAGCUCGUCCGUUAAAAAAUUGAUAUGGUCACGUGUUGUCGUUUAGAAAGCACGUUGUAGUUCUCUCAGAGAGGAAAGCUUUCCCGCCUGAUCAAGGAUGGCAGGGUGGCCAAGAUUGUGUGGGGGGAAUCCCUAAAAUGCUACGACAUGAAUCAGUAUCAUAACUCUGGUUUCUAUUUGGCUCUUGGUAAUCAGGUUUUCUUAUAACAUUUAUAUGUAAGUUUUGUAUAAUUAUUCAAGCAGGUGAAUAGUUGUAUUCGACAUAUUCGAAUAACAUACAUUCUGAAGAAAAUAAUUGUAAUUAUAACUGUGGCAGAGCUCAUAAAACAGUAAGCUGAGAAGCAGGCCAUGUUCCAGUGUACAUACGUUACGUAAAGAAAAAAUAAGAAAAUAAGCUGCUUUCUAGUAAUGAAAAGUAAUGAAAAUAUCAGGGCGAGGAUAGUUAGUAUGGAAUUACUCACGAUUAAAUUAUUAUCAGUUUUGUAUAAUAAGCAAUGUUAGUACCAACAAUCUUUGAUGUCUGACAAUUCAUAGCAGCUUCAUCAAAACUAUAUAAUAUCACACAAAAUAAAAUCAAUUAUUGUUGCACAUUUUGCCGAGUGGCAGAAACAUGAUCAUUGGCAACCAUGAAAACGAUGAUCCGUGCACAUUGAUUUCUAUUUUAUCUUUACUCUCCUGCAAACCAUAGCACAGAGCAAAAGAAAAAAAAAAUCGCAUGAGACCAAUACACGACAUAACGGAUUUGACGUUUGAACGGGUGCGUAUUGACUAAAAAUAAACUCGUUUUUGGGCUGCCUUGAUAACACAGCACCGCUCAGGAGUCAAGUGGGGAAACAAUUGCAUCGGUCGGUACAUACAAUGCUCAGCCAGCUUAUUUCGAGAGGAGAGAACAAUGAAGCACGGUAAAGCGGGUGCGUUUGGUAGCUGCUGAAACAGUAACAGUUGAUUUGGAAAUAAUUUCAUGCUGUUCGAGCAAAUUGCUCGAAUAUACAAACUUUCAAUAAUAUUAUUUAUGAGCAGUUCGAAGUUUGCAUGAAUAAAUAUAAUAAAAUGUAAGAGCUUUCAUUCAGCGCUACAUCCGAUUUAUAUAAUACUCAACACGUAACAAUUUAGUCAUUCACAUAAACCAUAUUUCAUUGAACUGUGAAUAAAAAUCACGACUGCUCGAAAGCUCUCAUGGUUUGUAGUCGUUGAUAAAACGUGGAA